CGGACGUGACGCGUCGCGCUGUGACACGAAGAAGAAGCUCGAGCUCUUACUCGGUAGAAAUGGCUCAAGGAUCGAAGAAGUUCAAGGCUCAGCGUCCAGGAGGGUCAAAGAAACACCAACAGAACAAACAGAAAGGACCGAAGAAAGGAGGGAGGAUUAUUGCACCUAAGAAGGCUCAAGUCGUUCAGCAACAGAAGCUAAAGAAGGGCCUGGAGGUUGCCAUCAGGAACAAGAUCGAGCAGGAAGUGACCCAGAAAGCCAGCUCCUCCCUGCACAAGCCCCUGGCUGUGGUCAAAGGUGCUGAGGGGAAAGGAAAGCCCGCCGCUGGCCACCCUGGAACCAGCUCCAAAUAGGACCUACCACCGCCGACCGGGUCUCACCAAGUUAUGGACUUUAAUGGAACCCCUGCUGGGGCUGGAGAGGCUCAUUCAAACACAGAAUUUGAUGUUUAGCGAGGUUCUGUUCCCCUUCAGUCACUUUACUGUUUUUGUACAAUUAAAAAGAUGGGGUAAAUGU